CCGAAGGAAAACGAUGGAGAAGGUGAGAGAUAAUGGAAAGGAUGGCGCUGAAAAGCAGACACAGGCGCCCAACAUCACACCGAUGAAGCCUGUGACCCACGAUGCCUACGGUGGAGGGAUGUACGGCACCGAGCCCGGGCAACAGAAGAACCCCACUAAGCCGCCUGCGAGUGAAGCCCAGAGUGCUGAUGGGCCUGCUGAUGGGCCUGCUGAGGCCACCGCCAAGCCCAAGCACACCCCUCCGCCUUCAACCGGUGAUCGAGAUAUCGAUAUCACCGGCCAAUCUUACAUUCAAUAACUAUUAAUUAAUCACUGUUUCCUUUUUCAUAUAUAUUCCAUGUGUUCUAGACUUCUAGUUGGUGUUACUCUAUACUUUUUUCUGUGUAGUCUCCAAUGCUUUUUUAAUUUAAGAGUGUAUAUUUUUUAAUUUCGUAA